AUGGCUCUCGAACCCAAGCAGAAGGCUGCGCUCUUUGCCGCCGCCGCCGCUGUGCGCCUGCUCCUCUUCCAAACCUUCCCGUCUCUGCCAGAUCGUCUCACUGGCCGCGUUGAGCUGUCCACGCCCGUGUCAAGCUUCAAGAGACUCCAAGAAGGCCUCUACCUCUAUACACACAAUGUCUCCCCUUACGACGGCGGAGUGUACCACCAGGCACCGCUACUGCUCCCGCUCUUCUCCCUCCUCCCCAAUGCCUCCGACCAUCCGUUUGCGACGAAUCUGCUUUUCACAAUAGUAGACUUGCUGAGUGCCCAUGCACUGGCUCAAAUUGCAGACUCCGGGUGUGCUGCUGCUACCCGCCUCUUCAAGUCAUCGCGCCAUGGAUUGCGAUGGAGUAGCGCUGCCAUUGUAGCAGGCUUCCUGUUCAAUCCUUUCACGCUUGCCACCUGCAUGGCCCGCUCUACCACGACCCUAACCAAUCUCUUCAUCCUCACUGCCAUGGCCAAGGCCUGCCACGGAGCCAGCACCACCUUUCUGCUUGCCAUAUCCGCUGCGUCCUAUCUCGCCAUGCAUCCGAUACUCCUGUUUCCGCCACUACUAGUCCUACUUUACGACGCUCGCGCUGAGAAGUCUCAAACAGCUCCCAACCCCUGGGUCUUCACUUCGGUACAUACUUUGGGCCUUUUUGUGGUCGGCGGAUCAUUGCUUUUUGCAUCAGCGCUACUAACGGGCUCUUGGGACUUUUUGGAGGCUACCUAUGGCGUCCGACUACUUCUCCCGGACCUCACCCCCAACGUGGGACUGUGGUGGUACUUCUUCACUGAGAUGUUCGACUCGUUCCGGGAUUUCUUCCUGGGGGUGUUUUGGCUACACGUCGCAUCGUACACCCCGGGACUUACCAUCCGCCUUCGAACACAGCCUCUGUUUGUUGCUACCACCCUGACUGGCAUCUUUGCCAUCUUCACCCCGUAUCCUAGCGUUGCAGAUGCUGCCCUUUACCUCUCGCUUGUGCCUCUGUUCAGGCAUUUGUUUCCUCUAAUGCGCUAUACCUUCCUCGCCUCUGCAGCCGUCUUGUAUGCAUCUUUCCUCGGGCCGGCCUUCUACCAUCUUUGGGUGUACGCUGGUUCGGGUAAUGCUAAUUUCUUCUACGCCAUUACUCUGGUAUGGAGCUUGGGCUUGUCAAUAAUAGUCGGCGAUUCGCUUUUCGCUGCGCUAAGGGACGAGUUGGAUGUUCAAAGGCCGGAAUUGCGGGACAAGGAGGUGAAGCGAAUAUAG